GUGCCCUCGAGGCCAGACCGCAGGAUUGGGGACCCGGAAAUUUUCCGGAGUCUCCAAUCCCUGCGGUGCCUUCAAGAGGCAGACUGUGGGAUGGCGGGAAGACGCCUGAGCCUGCUCAGGCCCUUUCGGAAGAAGAAGAAGGAAGGCCCUGGAGCUGCCCCAUUCCAGCACCCGGAGAAGAUGGAGCAGGCCCAGCCCCUGCAGGAAGGUGAGUGGGAUCUCAGGAACCUGCUGGAGGCAGACAAGCCCUGGUGUUUCUUUGACUGCCUGGUGGAAAGCGAGAAGAAACGAGUGGUGGACUUCAUGUGGCAGGCCCUGCCGUACCUCGAGAGCCCACAGGAGCCCCUGCAGGAGUUGGCCCUCAGGUUCAUUGGGAUCGCCGGCAGGUACAUGAGGGGACAGCGGGUAGAGCUGCAGGUCGCCAUUAACGUUAUUGAAGACAUGACUCCCGACAGCGCCGCUGUCAAAAGCCUGGCACUUCAAACCCAGGAAAUCCUUAGAGUUUUCCAGAGACCUCAGUCUUCUCCAGGUUCCAGCAGUUUGAAGAUCAGCUCCAGAAGGUGCAGAAUAGGGACGCUCCUCUCUGGGGCAGCUGCCGAAGGUCAGCAGAGAACUGAUCCUGGGAACCCUGUCUGAUGGGACCACCUGAGCCUACAGGACAGACCCCUCUCUGAAACAAGUUCCUGUUACCCCAGUUUGAGACUAUGAAAUUCCUCUCAGCAUA